AUGAAUGCUCAUGAUCUUUUGAUUGUUACACCAGACUUCCUUUUGGAGUCUAUCAAACUAGCUAUUGUAACGAAAUUCAAUUUUUUUAUUGGAGAGCAGGAGAGGGAGGUGCUUUCACCUUUGACUCUGGUUAUACUUUGUCAUUCAUUAUUAAAGACUGUUGCUACCCUUCAUGAUGGACGAUCGUGGUAUGAAUAUAUUACAGCUGCAUUUUUUCUAGCCCUCAUAGUAGGCUGUAGCACCUACUAUUACAAAAUUGUUGAAAACGAGUAUUUUGGAUACCCUCAGGAAUGGUUCCCAAGCGUAAGUGCAGCUACGGGUGAUCGUUACCCAGCGCGCGCCAUAUUCCAAAUUCUAAUAGCGUUAACUUCAGGGCCAAGGUUCCUGAUCGUUGGACUAUGGUAUUAUUACACGACUUACAGUAUUCGGUCAUCAUCGAUCCUUUUUGGAAAAUUCCUUUUGGCUGUUGGAUUGAGUCGAACAGUUUCUUCUGGAGGAUGGGUUUAUAUCACGUCGACAGAUGAUCAUCGAGUCCAUGAUAUAGCCAUGGUCUUUUAUGUCUUAUGUACGCUACCUUGGCAAUUUGGUGUUUUGUAUACAAGCUCACCUUUGAACAAAAGAGCAAACAAGUUGAGAAAAUACUUGAUAUUGGCCUUCUUUGGCACCUUACCCUUCAUGAUACAUUUUUUCAUCCAGCAUAAAAUUCAUCGAGUACCAGGAGCAUACACACUUUAUGCCUUAUUAGAAUGGUCUUUAAUCCUUUACGAUGUUGCUUUUGAUGCAAUGACACUUUACGAUUUUGAAAAUUUGGAAUUACGACUCACUCAGCCCGUGAUUGCCAGACUGAAAGGAGGCAAGGCGUCAGCAAAAUACGUCUAG